AUGCUGGUGCUGCUGGCCACAGGCGUCGUGUUCUUGGUGGUCUCUGGGGGUGGGUGGGGGAUCGGAGUGCGGAGUCAGGAGAGCCAGGCGCCACCUGGGAGCCGGUUCGUGUGCACCUCAUUGCCCCUGGACGCUACUAGUGCAGGCUGUCCACUCCCAGCAGUCCCUAUUCAAGGAGGCGCGCUGACCCCCGAAGAAGAGCUCAAAGCUACAGUGUUGCAGCUGCGGGAGACCAUCCUGCAGCAGAAGGAGACCAUUGGAAACCAGCGGGAGACUAUCCGCGAGCUGACCGGCAAGCUGACCCGCUGUGAGAGUCUGGCUGGCGGUGCCGACGGCAAGUCCGGUCCCUGGAGGAAGGAAUACAGCAAAACUGGGACCGGAAAAGAUACCAUGGGUGACCUUCCCCGAGACCCGGGCCAGGUCAUCGACCAACUGAGCCGGACCAUGCAGAGCCUGAAGGACAGGCUGGAAGCCCUCGAGCACCAACUACGUGUCAAUGUGUCAUAUGCAGUUCUACCUAAUGACUUUCGAGAGAUGCUUCAGAGGAGGCUUGGGGAGCUGGAACGCCAGCUUUUAAGCAAAGUGGCUGAACUUGAGGAUGAAAAAUCUUUGCUUCAUAAUGAGACUUCAGCUCAUCGACAGAAGACAGAGACAGCACUAAAUGCACUCCUGGAAAGAGUUUCUGAGUUAGAAAGAGGUAAUAGUGCGUUUAAGUCACCUGAUGCAUUUAAGGUAUCUCUUCCUCUUCGCACGAAUUACUUAUAUGGAAAGAUUAAGAAGACCCUGCCUGAACUAUAUGCCUUCACUAUAUGCCUGUGGCUGAGAUCCAGUGCUUCCCCAGGCAUUGGGACUCCAUUUUCCUAUGCUGUUUCGGGCCAGGCCAAUGAGAUUGUGCUAAUUGAAUGGGGCAAUAACCCAAUUGAAUUGCUAAUUAAUGACAAGGUGGCUCAGCUUCCUCUGUUCGUUAGUGAUGGAAAGUGGCAUCAUAUCUGUGUCACCUGGACAACAAGGGACGGAAUGUGGGAGGCCUUUCAGGAUGGAGAGAAACUUGGCACUGGGGAAAAUCUUGCGCCCUGGCACCCAAUUAAGCCUGGGGGAGUUCUGAUUCUUGGGCAAGAACAGGAUACUGUGGGUGGAAGAUUUGAUGCUACUCAAGCCUUUGUUGGAGAAUUAAGUCAGUUUAAUAUAUGGGAUCGGGUCUUAAAAGCUCAAGAAAUCAUGAAUAUUGCUAACUGCUCCACCAACAUGCCAGGCAAUAUCAUUCCCUGGGUCGAUAACAACGUGGAUGUGUUUGGAGGUGCAACCAAAUGGCCCGUGGAGACAUGCGAAGAGCGUUUGCUCGAUUUAUAG